CACGCGCCAACAUUUGGCAGCGCACACCACGCAUGAUGGCAGCAGAGGUCAUGCACGAAAGCGGCACAGCUGACCGGAUGACAUCGUGAUGGAGUAACCCACUCCGGGCAGGUGGAGGAGCCGGCUACCGGUUGAUGGAAGAGAGGAUUCAUGAUGUCUAGUCCUGUUCCUGAAACCGAGUCACGUUCGGUUGGUGUAUUUGGGAGCCCUGUUGCCCAUGGCAACCUCUUUCUGUUAUUAGGACAAAACAUUGCAAGUCUCAUCCACAAGCCCCGUUGAAUGCACGAUGGGCAGGUGAAAACUGAAAGGCCAGGAGUUGGCCAUUUCAUCCACAUUGAAUCCACUAAGGGAUACAAAACCACUCACCUUAAGUGUAUUAUCAAAAUGCCAAAUUUAGCCAAAUAAAAAUGCCUCUAAAUAUCCGAGCCAAGCCGGCCCAGAACAAGCUGUCUGCCGCCUCAAAGAGCAGCGGUCACGCAGAUGGCGCUGCAUCUCAUUCACGCUUUUCAAGGUCUGCCAAACAGACCAAAGGCAAACAGGCCAAGACCAGUUCAACACCAGGCUGCCGCUCCGGAUUAGAACCUGGUUCGGUGUCCACCCCCGUUUCAAAAGUACCUGGAGGUCAAGGAUCUAUAUCAAGACUCGGCCCAAAGAAACCUAGCAUCGUAACCCAUGCAAAGGUGACCUGUGGCUCAGCUACAGCCCCAGGGGGUAAAACUCUGUCAAUGGAAAACAUCCAGUCUUUAAAUGCGGCUUAUGGCACGUCAGGCAUGUACCCCUGCGAGCGGGAUGCUUUGGAACCUUCUGGAAGUUACCUACCCAAAGGCACCAUGACACUCGGGAGGAACACCAGCCGCUUCUUGAACGGUGGCCGUGGUGCGGGUGUGAGCAGCAACUCCACUAAUAACUCCCCUGAUCCAAAUCACUUGUCCAACCACGACAAAGACCAAAACUUUGGCCCUGCAGGGAAUCCUGGUCUUCAACGGCAGUCUGGGAGACGUCCACAUGUGUUGGAUACGAGUGGUCAUGAAAUACCUCCUGCAUCUGAUCUCCAGACUCAACUCAGGGAGCUUCAGAGGGAAAAUGACAACCUAAAAAGAGAAUUAGAUGGAAGAACAGGCCACAGUUUUAACAAUGUCAACUUUUGGAGUCCGGAUGUCAAGAGAGACAAAAGCAUCAGGCGGGAAGAUGGACCGAGGACCUCAGCCCCUAUGGACUAUUCACGGGCAGACCAAGAUAAUAUUCAGCAUCCAUUGACAGUUCAGGAGCUCCAGGAGGAGCUGAGGGCCCACAGGGAGAUCAACAGUCGCCUCCAGCAACGACAUCAGCAAGGGACCUCCGCUUCCUGUCGUGACAUCCGCAUGGAGCAAGACCACAGAGGUGGGCUCAGCCCUGGUCACACUCCGCGAGAAAGUCCCAGCCACCUCCACAGUCCUGGGCCAAAGAGUAGCCCGAGAGCCAGUCCAUCCAACACAUACAAUCCAAGGCAGCAGGAAGUUGACAUCAUCAUUCACAGCUCAGGGUAUGGCGGUGCCAGUCCGAUAGCCGCACAGAGAGUCAGCCCGGCCGGCACCGUUCAUCCUGGGCUGAAGCUCAGCCCGAAUCAAGCGGCGGUUCCCAGCCCCACUCUGGUCCGGCGCUGCAGCCCAUGUCAGGUGCCAGGCUGCGACGGCUUCUCUUCGCCACCUCCGGAGCCGUCGCACGAGAAUUUUGGCCACUUGCAGUCGGAGCACGAGCGUCAGGCCAAGGAGCUGUUCCUGCUGCGGAAAACCAUGGAAGAGAUGGAGAUGAGAAUUGACUCUCAAAAGCAGACGCUAGGUGCCAGAGACGAGAGCAUCCAGAAGCUUCUGGAGAUGCUUCAGGGUCAAGGUCAAGUUCACGCAGCGUGUGGCCGGGGGCAGAGAACGGGCAUCUUGGCGAUGGCUGCACAGGAGGCUGAAGCUCAACUUCAAAACAUGCACGUAAGAGAGAUAGAGCAGCUGAAGCAGGAGCUGAACAGGAAGGAGUCGGACAUGCAGGCCCUGCAGACCAAACUGGAAACGCUAACCAAUCAGAACUCGGACUGCAAGCAACACAUCGAGGUGCUUAAGGAGUCCCUCAAAGCCAAAGAGCAACGUGCCAAUACGCUACAGACUGAGGUAGAUGCUCUCCGGGUGCGUUUGGAAGAAAAAGAGCAGUUCCUGACAAAGAAGAACAAGCAGCUUCAGGACCUAACAGAUGAAAAAAGCACUGUAACGGGAGAAAUCAGAGACAUGAAGGAUAUGUUGGACGUCAAGGAGAGAAAAGUCAAUGUCCUUCAGAAAAAGCUUGAGAACCUGUUGGAGCAGUUAAAGGACAAAGACAAACAGUUGUCCGGGUUAAAGGAUCGAGUCCAAGGCCUUCAAACCGAUUCUAGCAACACGGACACGGCCCUUGCCACGCUGGAGGAGGCCCUGUCUGAGAAGGAGCGAGUCAUUGAGAGCCUGCGGGAACAGAAGGAGCGGGCGGACAGGGUUCAACUGGAGGAGUUGGAGCGACUGAGGAAGGACAACCAGGAAUUGAAGGACAAGCUCUUAGUGCUCCAACCUCAGAAACUGUCACCCGGCCAGCCCUCGUUCCCGAGCCCAAACCAAGGCCGGAGGCCCGACGGAGAGAUGGCAGCUCUAAUAGACGCAGUUCCAGCUGUAAGUUCCAUGGCCCCAAACCCAGAGGACACAUUGCGCAAGUGCCCGGACAUCACGGAUCGCCUAAGGCUUCUCGAGCAGGAAGUGGCUCGCUACAGGGAGGAAUCUGGAAAGUCGCAAGCAGAGGUCGCCAGGUUGAUGGCGGCGCUGAAGGACGCUGAGGUGGACAGAUCUGGCCGAGAGAAGAAAAUAAAUGAUCUUGAAAGGCAAAUCAAGUCCCCUCUCAUUCAAAAACAGACAGUGCCUGGCGAAGUAAGGAGGGAUGCGCAACUUGAUGGACAUCCACACUCUUUGUCGCAGCUGGAAGAGCUGAUGGGAGCCCUGGAGAAGACACGACAGGAACUGGACACAACAAAGUUGCAUCUGUCCUCCACCCAGCAGACCUUACGUGAGCGAGACGGACAUCUCAACAGCCUGCGGCAUGAAAGACGAAAGCAGCUGGAAGAAAUUCUGGAAAUGAAGCAGCAAGCUUUACUGGCAGCUAUCAGUGAGAAAGAUGCUAACAUAGCCCUUCUGGAGUUGUCUCCCUUGAAGCGGAGAAAAGCCCAAGAGGAGGUGAUGGCCCUAAAGCGGGAGAAGGACUGCCUCAUGCAUCAACUCAAACAGCAGACUCAGAGCAGAAUGAAGAUGAUGGCGGAUAACUAUGAAGAGGAACGCGUCCAACCUCAACAUCAUCCUCAUCAUUCUGUCCACUUGCAGCAUUCGGCAAAUGUACAUCACAGAAGCCACCCGAGAGGACCCCCGCAUCCCAACCACAGAUCCCCGAUGGACCAGGAGGAUGAAGAGGGCAUUUGGGCAUGAUUUGGCGCCAUCGUUGGAAGAUUGCAAAUAAACUGCUUGGACAAUCGGCUACCAAGAGGUCCAGCGAUGCAUUCAGAUGACCACGACAUUACCACCAGAUGUGACAUGGACCUAUAACUUCUGAUAAGCUCAGAAUGUCGUCUUCUUCUUUGCUGACAUAUGCCAUGACCUUAAUGUAGGGGAGGGGGAGUGGUCAGCAAUGUUGGGCUCUUGCUUGAAUGUGCCCCCUGCCUUUGUAUCCCCUGUUUGCUAGGUGUGGAGGAUUGCGGGCAGGCUGAAAUAUUUUCUUUUGGGUUCUGGCUUUCAGACAAUUGAGGCACUUUUCAUAUGAAUGUAGCCAAACCAGUAGAAUUACCUAUCAACUUUUGGUGCAGCGAUAUUGUGUAAUCUUCUGCCACUGCACUGAUUGUUUUGACUUUUCACAACAUGGACCUCACCCUCAGAUCCACCAAGACCUUCUCUACUAUGUAUGGUGCCAAUGGAGACAGACACAUUGUUCUGAUAUGAAACCGGAUCAGAAUCUUACAUGUUCUAAAGUGGAACUGCAAACUGAACCGAGUUUAAUGGACUUUCUCCUGUUUGCUUUGUGGGAGAGGCUGAAAUUCUCCCAAAUCAGUUUGAAUGACACUUGAAUCGGAAAGGAUAAAAUUACAAUUACCGUAUUUUUCGGACCAUAAGGCGCACUUAAAAACUUUUCAUUUUCUCCAAACUCGACAAAGUUUAAUUAGAUUUUUUUUAAUAGACUCAUUAAUUAAUACAGUGUGCCUAAUGGUCCGUAAAAAAAUGGAAUGCAUAAACAGGAAUAAUAUCUCUGUUGAGCCUGCUGUGCAUUUGUUUGAUGAAACACUAUCAUGUAUUCUUGUUGGUUUUUUUACAUUCGUUUAAUCUCUUAGUGCCACUACUUUUGUUUUUGAAAAGUGACAUUUCUUUUUGUUUGUAUAUUUAUUUUGUGUAGUGCAUGAUAUUCACCAGGAAGCAACUUGUAAGGUGAACAAUUGGAUCAUAAAACCUUCAAAACAAAAUAUAUUAAGUGUGAAUCUUUCCACUCUCACCUUUUGAUUUUUCUUAAACACAAUUCCAAAGAUGAAGUAAACAAUACAUUCGAGAGAGAAAAAAAAAAAGAAAAUUGAUACUUGCACAACUGGCUAUUUAUAACUGUAAAAGAGAAAACAAGGACUUUGGGUUUCUUGAAUUCAUGACAAUAUCAGCACAGAGCACAUUGUUUUUUAUCCAAUUCUAAAAUUAUUUGUUUGCUACAGUGGAACAAUGUAUACCGUUUUUUUUUUUUUUUAAUACUCCUUACGCUGUGGGUGGCGUUAGAUCUGCUUUCAGCAUGACUCUGAAUGUUUGUUUGAGGACGCUCACAGUAUUCACCCUUGACUUGUCCCACAGUGUUUUGCAGUGGUCAGCGUGUUUCCUGUUGUUUUAAUAAACUUUGCUUUCGCAGGAACAACAAGGUGUCUUUUAUGCGAAAUCAUGUCAAUAACAUUGACAUUGGCGGUAUUUGCUGGCCAAAGGGAGCCCAGUAAUGGCUAUUUUCACAAGAUUACAAUUUCACCACCGCUAAUAGCACUUUCAACAAUAGACUUGAAGUUUUUCCCAGUUUUCAUGGUCUACCAAUUCUUUCCCGCUCUCAUAAACUGAUGUUGCCUGGCUUUUCUCCCUGAGAGA